AUGGAAGCAGCAUUAUGGGCAUUUUAUCACACAAAUUCAUUUGAAGAGGGCGCACUGAAAGCAUUAAAUUUAGGCAAUGAUGCUGAUACAGUUGGAGCAGUUUAUGGUAUGCUAGCAGGAGCUUAUUACGGAAUUAAUGCUAUACCCAUCGAAUGGAGAGAGAAAUGUAGUUACCAAGGCCUGGUGCAAACAAUAGCAGAUGAAAUACUAACGCAGUCACAGCAGCUAGCAGAGACUGGCGAGAAGAAAGUAGCUCCAUCGAAUCAAACAUCACUCCAAUAUAGAAGUGUACUGAAAGUGUAA